AUGCACCACAAAUACAGGGCCGCCAUUAAUCAUAUACUUCCUCCGUUACGAAUUGCCACAAAUGAGAAGUUUGAUGCAUCAAGAACAAUGGAAGGUGAUUUCUUUCUUUUAAAUGGUGACUCAGUUAAAGUUCCCUUUAUGACUAGCUACAAAGAGCAAUACAUCAAAACUUUUGAUGACUUCAAAGUCCUUCGUUUACCUUACAAGCAAGGAGAAGACAAGCGCCAAUUUUCUAUGUAUAUCUUUCUUCCAAAUGUAAAAGACGGGCUUUCAAACUUGGUACAAAAAGUAUGCUCUCGAGAUGGUUUUGUGAAUAAUAACCUUGUACAUUGCGAAAAAGUAUUAGUUGAUGAUUUCAGGCUCCCUAAAUUUAAGAUUUCGUUUGGAUUUGAAGCUUCUGAGGUUCUAAAAAACUUAGGAGUUGAGUUGCCCUUUAUGGGAGGCGGACUCAUGAAAGUAAUAGACUCAUAUGAAGCUAAAUAUCUGUAUGUUUCAAGCAUUAUCCAGAAAUCCUUUAUUGAAAUCAAUGAGGAAGGUACUGAGGCUGCUGCUGCUACUGCUAUUCAAGCUAGUGUGCAAUGUUUGAUGAUUCCUAAGGUAGUAGAUUUUGUGGCUUAUCAUCCAUUCAUGUUUCUUAUAAGAGAAGGCAUAACGGGAGCUGUGUUAUUUACUGGACACAUAAUUAAUCCUCUCUCAUGUUAAAAUUUUAAACUUAAUCAACCCCAUACAAAAUAUAUUUCCUUGACCAUAUAAUAACUACCUAAUUUACUUAUAAUUUUCAAUAAAUGAGUAUUAUUUGUGACAUUUGCGCUUUUGUUUUUUUUUUUUUUAGUGGUUCAUUUAUGUGUACUAUUGUGCGUAUGAUAUGUAAUUCGCCCAAGAUUUUGGUGUCAUGCUUGUUAUAAAGGAUUGAGAGUUAGAUCCCAACUUUAAUGAUAUGAUAAUGCCCAAUAAAAUUUUUAUAUACUUGUAUUACCUCCAAUUUUGUUCCUUCUACGCUUGUACAACUAUUAUUUAUUCCCUUUCAAAAAAGAAAAAAAAAAACUAAAACUGUUAUUUAUUUUGUUCAAUCUAGUUCUACAUUAUUCUAUUGGAAAAUUGUAAGGGACAUAUAUGUUCACUAUUUUGUCUGGAAGUACCUUAUAUGUUUAAAGUGAUCUAAAAUGAUCUUAUAAGUUUAUUUUAUUUGUUGAUUGGGGGGACCUUGAAGUCGAAAUCCGACAAUAAUUGAUUUUUUUUCUUCGACCUUGACCCCUCGUGUGACCUUAAAAAAUGACCUUCUUUUCUUUGUUUUCAAUGAUUUUUCUCAAAUUCCUGUAUUUUGAUUUGUGGUAUUUGGAAAUUAGAAGAGAGAAUGAGGAAUUGGAGGAAAAUCGUAGGAAAAAAAAAAGCGGGUCAUUGUUAAGGUUGUUGAGAGGUCAACGUCGAAGAAAAAAGUCAAUUAUUGCAGGAUUCUAACCUCAAGGCCCCCCCCCCAAAAAAAAAACAAAAUAAACUUAUAAGGUCCUUUUAGAUCACUUUAUACAUAUAAGUUCCGUCUAGACAAAAUAAUGAACAUAUAUGUCUCGUUUAGACAAAAUUUUCUAUUCUAUUUAAGCAAAUUAAAUACCUUUUGCUCUCUUGAUCACUUAACCCACUUAUAUACUCCAUUUCAUAAUGUAAGGUAUGGAUAAAACUCGUACAUCCCUUAAGAUAUACUUAGAAAGACUAGGUAAAUUUUUAAUUUUUAGAUUUUUAAAAAAGGACUAUUGGUGAAGAAGCAUUAAGAGCAAUUACAAACAUACAGACAAUCGGUUUUGGAAAAAAAAAAAAAAACAAUCAUUUAUAUAUGAGUCGUCAGUUGUGC